UCAUCACUGCGCGCCGGAUGGCAGCGCCUUCCCGCUCCUCAACUCUGACGACAGAGUCGCGCCGGCCUUAGCGUCUGAAAAGAGCUGGAGGAGGUUGCGGCCGCGGGAAGAUGCUGCUCUUUGGCGUAAAUUGCAAUCGAUUAGGGAUCGUUUCUCAGACUCAAGUUAGAAGUGAGAGUUCAGAUAAGUGAGGCCGCCAUUGCUGCUUUGAACACCUCAGAAGGGGAGAAUGGAUUUAUCAGGAGUGAAAAAGAAGAGCUUGCUAGGAGUCAAAGAAAAUAAUAAAAAGUCCACUAGGGCUCCCUCUCCUACCAAACGCAAGGACCGUUCUGAUGAGAAGUCCAAGGAUCGUUCUAAAGAUAAAGGGGCUACUAAGGAAUCAAGUGAGAAGGACCGUGGCAGGGAUAAGACUCGGAAGAGGCGCAGUGCUUCAAGUGGAAGUAGCAGUACCAGGUCUCGGUCCAGCUCAACCUCCAGCUCGGGCUCCAGCACCAGCACGGGUUCCAGCAGUGGCUCCAGCUCCUCUUCUGCAUCUAGCCGCUCAGGAAGCUCUAGCACAUCCCGCAGCUCCAGUUCCAGCAGCUCCUCUGGCUCUCCAAGCCCUUCUCGACGAAGGCACGACAAUAGACGGCGCUCCCGCUCCAAAUCCAAACCACCUAAAAGAGAUGAAAAGGAGAGGAAAAGGCGGAGCCCUUCCCCAAAACCCACCAAAGUGCACAUUGGGAGGCUCACCAGGAAUGUGACCAAGGAUCACAUCAUGGAGAUAUUUUCCACCUAUGGGAAAAUUAAAAUGAUUGACAUGCCUGUAGAAAGGAUGCAUCCUCAUCUGUCCAAAGGCUAUGCAUAUGUGGAAUUUGAGAAUCCAGAUGAAGCCGAGAAAGCACUGAAACACAUGGAUGGAGGGCAAAUUGAUGGCCAGGAGAUCACUGCUACUGCUGUAUUGGCCCCUUGGCCUCGGCCACCCCCUCGGCGAUUCAGCCCUCCCAGGAGAAUGCUACCACCACCUCCCAUGUGGCGCAGGUCACCCCCACGGAUGAGGAGGAGGUCUCGCUCCCCAAGACGCAGAUCACCUGUGCGCCGGAGGUCCCGCUCUCCUGGCCGCCGACGCCACAGGAGCCGCUCCAGCUCCAAUUCCUCCCGAUAAGCAAAGCCAUUAAAGCUCACUCCUGUAACUUAA